CUCUCUCUGUCUCUCUCCCUCUCUCUGUCUCUCUUCCUCUCUCUCCCUCUCUCCUUCACUGAGACAGAGUCAGGACUCUCCUCCCUGACAGCCACAAACCUACAGCACUUACUGCAUUCAGAGAGGGAACCUGCGAACAAAACUUCACAGAAAACUUUUUGUUCUUGUUCCAGAGAAUUUGCUGAAGAGAAGGGAAAAAAAACUGUACGUGAGGGGGGAGGAAAAGCAGGGCCUUUUAAAAAGGGAAUCACAACAACUUUUGCUGCCAGGAUGCCCUUGCUUUUACUGAGAGGAUUUUUGUUGGCGCUUUGCUGGAUUAUAGUAAGGAGUUCCCCAACGCCAGGAUCGGAGGGGCAGAGUUCAGUCACUGACUGCCCAUCGUGUGCCCUCGCCACGCUCCCAAAGGAUGUGCCCAGCUCACAACCCGAGAUGGUGGAAGCAGUGAAGAAGCACAUAUUGAACAUGUUGCACUUGAAGAAGAGACCCGACGUCACCCAGCCGGUGCCCAAGGCAGCGCUCUUAAAUGCUAUCAAAAAGCUGCAUGUGGGAAAAGUGGGCGAGGAUGGAUAUGUGGAAAUAGAGGAUGACAUUGGAAGAAGAGCAGAAAUGAAUGAACUCAUGGAGCAAACUUCAGAGAUCAUCACAUUUGCAGAAUCAGGAACCUCUAGAAAGACGCUGCACUUUGAGAUUUCCAAGGAAGGUAGUGACCUGUCCGUGGUGGAGCGUGCCGAAGUGUGGCUCUUCCUGAAAGUGCCCAAGGCCAACCGGACCAGGACCAAAGUGACCAUCCGACUGUACCAGCAGCAGAAGCAGCCUAAAGGCAGCUUGGACGGGAUGGACGAGAUGGAGGAGCUGGGUCCAAAGGGCGAGAGGAGCGAGGUGCUGAUCUCCGAAAAAGCAGUGGACGCCCACAAAAGCACCUGGCACAUCUUCCCUGUCUCCAGCAGUAUCCAACGCCUCCUGGACCAGGGCAAGAGCUCUUUGGAUGUGCGGAUUGGCUGUGAACAGUGCCAGGAGACUGGGGCCAGCCUGGUACUUCUGGGGAAGAAGAAGAAGAAGGAUGAGGAGGGAGAAGGCAAGAAGAAAGAAGCAGGAGAAGGAGCGACGGGAGGCGGGGGAGGAGAGGAGGAGAAGGAGCAGUCGCAUCGACCCUUCCUGAUGUUGCAGGCCCGCCAGUCUGAGGACCACCCACACCGGCGACGCCGGCGGGGUCUGGAGUGUGAUGGCAAGGUCAACAUCUGCUGCAAGAAGCAGUUCUUCGUCAGCUUCAAGGACAUCGGCUGGAACGACUGGAUCAUCGCUCCCACGGGCUACCAUGCCAAUUACUGCGAGGGGGACUGCCCCAGCCACAUAGCUGGCACCUCUGGCUCCUCCCUGUCCUUCCACUCCACUGUCAUCAACCACUACCGCCUGCGGGGCCACAGCCCCUUCACCAACCUCAAGUCCUGCUGCGUGCCCACCAAGCUGAGGCCGAUGUCCAUGCUCUACUACGACGAUGGGCAAAAUAUCAUCAAGAAGGACAUCCAGAAUAUGAUCGUGGAGGAAUGUGGCUGCUCAUAGAGCCAUCCUGAGGGCACCAGGGGGAAGGCGAAGGCAGAGAAGCCAACGGACACAAACAAGUCCCUGCCCCGGUUUGACCUUUGCGAAUGAACCGAUCCAACCAAAACGAAACGAAACCAACUAGAGACAGAUGAAGGAAGACGUGCUCGCCUCACCCAACCGGGGCU